AUGCCGUGCCAUGCUUUUACCAAGAAUGGUCAGCUGGAGUGCGUUCGAUGGAUGGUGAGCGAAACAGAAGCUAUUGCAGAACUAAGUUGCUCAAAAGACCACCCAAGCCUUAUUCAUUAUGCAGGUUGCUAUGGCCAGGAGAAAAUUCUUCUGUGGCUUCUUCAGUUUAUGCAAGAACAAGGGAUUUCACUGGAUGAAGUUGACCAGGAUGGAAAUACUGCUGUUCACAUAGCUGCUCAACAUGGUUAUCUAGGAUGCAUACAGACAUUGGUUGAAUAUGGAGCAAAUGUCACCAUGCAAAACCAGGUGGGAGAGAAACCCUCACAAAGUGCUGAGCGACACGGGCACACCAUGUGUUCCCGCUACUUAGUAGUUGUGGAGACGUGUAUGUCAUUGGCCUCUCAGGUUGUCAAGCUAACUAAGCAGCUGAAGGAGCAGACGCUGGAACGUGUGACGUUACAGAACCAACUCCAACAGCUUUUAGAAGCCCAGCGGUCAGAGGGCAAGUCAUUACCCACAUCCCCAAGCUUGCCAUCAUCUCCUGCUUCUGGCAAACCCCAGUGGAAACCAUCUGAAGCAGAUGAAUUGUCUCCACCAAAAAGUAAAUUGAACACCAAAGAUGGGAUUCAGAUUCUUGGCAGCUUGGGAACUUCUAGUCGCACUCGAGCCAAGAUGAAAGAUGAGGACUCAGAUAAAACCUUGCACCAACUGUUGGGGAAAGAAAUCUCUGAAAAUGUCUCUAUGCAGGAAAAGCUGACUUUGGAAUUUCAGGAUGUUCAUGCAUCCUCCAAGAAUGUGAAGAAAAUUUUGCCAGAGAAAAGGGAGCUGAAGUUAGCCCGACUGAGGCAACUGAUGCAGAGAUCUCUCAGCGAGUCUGACACAGAUUCAGCUAAUUCUGAGGACCACAAGAACACCCCCGUAAAAAGAACUGACAAAUCAAGGCCUCAGCCUAUAGUGGAGAGUGUUGAGAGCACAGAGAGUUUGAACCUGAUGCUUAAGAAACACACUUCUGCAGCAGGACGCCGCUUCCCUUUUGGUAUCAGGGUCUCUAAGUCUGUGGAUGGCCACAGUCCUUCCCCUACUUCGGAGAGCAGCGAUCCGGAUAAUGAAGCCCCGUAUCAUUCUGGUACAGUACCUCAGAACCAGUUUUGUGGAGACAACUCUCCAUGCAGCACAGACGGUGCCACUGCUCAAAAGGUUGCUACCAGCCCUAAGAGUGCUCUCAAGUCUCCAUCUUCAAAGCGCAGAACCUCUCAAAAUUUGAAACUUCGAGUAACUUUUGAGGAACCUGUGGUGCAGGUGGAGCUAGCAGAGUCAGAACUAAAUGAGGAAAAGGAUAAAGACCGGAGCAAAGGACUUGUGCGGGCUCCACCCAGCUCUGGGGAGCAUGUAGGGGAUCAGCUGAAAAGACCCUUCGGAACCUUUCGGUCCAUAAUGGAGACUCUGAGUGGUAACCAAAAUAACAACAACAACUGUCAAACAGCAAACUUGAUCAAAACCUCAUCAACGCUGCCUUUUACCUCAUUAGGAAGGAAGACAACAGACAGCAAGGGAAAUCCAGCAGUUCUCUCAAAAGGAAGAAACAAGCCAGGUCCUUACUUCAGCUACUCCAGUCUUUCCUCUAGCACGUUGAAUGAAGAACUUCUGUGUAAAUAUGCUUGGCAUGAUGACAUCAAUUGGAAAAGCCAGAAAUCUGACAGUCAAAAGAGUACUGAAGAGCCAGAACUGCAGGAAUUCUUCCUCUAAACCACAUUAUGAUGUCUCACUUUGUUUGAAAUACCUGAAAUGUAGCCUUUUGAAACAUUAAUAUGAGACAUACCCCUCACCAGCAAAACAGCAGCUGUUAGGAUGCCUUAAUUUGUAGCAGUUAGACCAUAUACAAAUCUUUUUUAUGCUAUAUGUGUAUAUGUAACUUGUUUGUAAGCUGUGCUGUGUAAAGGCAUGGAUGAGCAAAAGUAACAAUUUGAAAUUGUUAUGACACAGGCAACCUCCAAAAUGUUUGUUGGGCCACAGAACACAUUUUGUACUUCGUGUCUUGCAUGGAUAUAUUGUCAUAUAUCUUUAUUUCCCUUUGUCAAUGGCAUAUAUUGUCAAAGUUUCAGCCAGGACUCUGCCUGCACAGCUCCUCAGUGAGACCAAGGCAAAAGCAUUGAUUUUUUAUUUUUUUUUAGUAUGCUUUGUCUGUUGUUAUUUCUAUUUUUUGUAAAAAGGAAAUAAAGACAGUGUUAAUAGGA